AUGUCCGGCUACCAAUAUCCCCCCCCUGGCGAAUUCCAGCUCCCGUUGAUCUUCGCAUGUCUCUUCUGCGCCACUGACCCGGUGCAAUUCCAUGAGUGCAGCAACCUUCGCCUUCGCCGCCUAAGUGAUGUCUCCCAGCACGUCGAACGGUGCCACCUUCUGCAAGAGGUCAAGCUGUGCACAGCGCAGGGGGCCGAGGCAGCCAUCAAGAAGGGAAACGAGAAAGGCACUUGCACCGACCCCAACCACAUCAGGGUCUACGAUCCGAUAUGUCGUCUGGAGUUCCGUGGCCCUAGCGCGGAGGCUGAUCUCGAACGCCACCUGGCUGACAAUAACUGCCAACCAAAGACUAUUGAAGAGACGGGCAUGUUACUACCCAGAGAGUUCGAAACACUCUUGAGUGAGCGUGACAGAGCUACGGCGAGCCCUGAAGCUAAAUGGUACGCAAUGUGGAGCGUGUGCUUCCUACAUCUGACAACGACAAGAUUUAAAAAUGUCCCAGCGUCACCGUACGUUCAGACAAUCGUUGCACGCGAGGCUGGCGAGACACGCAUCCGACAAGCCCUGGACGAUCUGCCUAUUCCAUUGGAGCUACGUAAAUAUACAUUCGAUGUGAUUGUCAACGGACUAUACCCUGUUCAGUCUGGAGCAGACGCCGGAAUUAAGGAAAUCGUCAAGAGCCAGCAGGAAAAGCGGACUUCAGCGCUCGAAGCCCUCCGGAAGGCGGAAAUUGCAAAGCUUUUCCGAUCAGCUUUCGAUCCAUCAGAAGUGACAUCUUCAGAAUUUCCGUCUGCCGUUCCUGUGCACCGCCAACUACAGCACCAGACACUGGAGCAAGCAAGCAAUGGGAUGAUGGGUCUCUCAUGCCUGGUUCCAGGAGAACCACACCCGUCGCAAUGGCCAUACCCUACUAUGCAUUUAGAUUACCCUCACCCGGAAACUGAAGUACCUCCAGAGAUGUCUGGUCCUGUAUAUGGGCAGUUUAUGGAAUUCGCCGACUAUCACCCUUCGAACGGGUACACUGGCGGCUUCAGUGACGGCUACUAG